UUUAUUAGCCUACACUGAUUUCUUAGGGUUCUUCUGGCUUUGAAAAUGAAAGGCCCACCCCUCGAUUGGUGUGGCCUUUGUUCAUUGGUCUGUGGUUCAGUGCGAGGUGGACGUUAUAGAAAGCAUCCUAGGCCAUCAUCCAUUGAGCAUGAUGUGCAGGUUACCACGAAAUGCACGCAAAGCGAAGUUGACAUAUGGAACUCAAAGUGACAUGUGUAUUUUUCUCGCUCCUGUCGGCUUGGUUAUCGGUCGCACGCGACAGCGAGCAAAUAUCUGGUGAUGACGGUGGCUGGUCAUCAGGAGGCGACAGCCUCACAGACGAGGGGCCCUGUAACAUCGAUAUCGAAGACCAAACGUCUCUUACAUACUCACAGUUUCUUCAACAGUAUGCAUACACAAAGCCUGUGAUUCUCAGAGGCAUCACUGACAACACGAGGUUCCGGUUCAUGUGUUGCAAGUACAAUCUACUUAGAGAGUACAAAGAAAGAACAGUGAGACUCAGCACAGCAAACACACAUUCCUACAGGAAAGUUGAUGUCCCCUUUGAAGAGUUUGUUAAGUUCCUACUAACCCCUCAGUCUGUGGACUCUCUGGGCAGUGAAACUCUAUACUUCUUCGGCGAUAAUAACUUCACUGAGUGGCAUGCCUUGUUUGAUGAGUACAAUGCCCCCCCUUACAAAAUCCCCUAUACCAGCCCAGCGUACAGCUUUGGCAUAGCAGGCCCAGGUACAGGUGUUCCCUUCCACUGGCACGGACCAGGCUAUUCCGAGGUCAUUUAUGGCCGAAAGCGCUGGUUCCUGUACCCUCCGGAUGAACAGCCAGAGUUCCACCCCAAUCACACCACCCUGACCUGGGUCAGUCAGUCCUACCCAAGCCUGGGGAUUCACGAGAGGCCUCUGGAGUGUACCAUCCGGCCAGGGGAGGUGCUUUAUUUCCCUGACCGCUGGUGGCAUGCCACACUGAAUCUGGACACCAGUGUCUUCAUCUCUACAUUCCUUGGUUAACCCCUUGCAUGUCAAACAUGGGUCCAUACCAGAACUUACUGAUGUGUAUGAGUUAGGGUGACCAGAUGCUAACAGACCAAAUGUCGCCUGGUACCGGUAGCUUUUACCUUAUCUGCAAAGUUACGCCCUAUGUCUGCGCAGUUUGAUUGACUGCCGUCACAGCCUUUGGAUGUUUGCCUUCACUGCUCUCUUCUCAGCCAUUGGAUGAAAAGCUUAGCUAUGUUGCUUUUGCGGGACAUUAUCUCAGUGUGCCCGAUGCGGGACAAAGGGUCAAAAUGCUGUGCAGUGCAACACAAAGCGAAAAAUCUGGUCACCCUAGUAUGAGUGUGUGUUUGUCUUGGCGCGUACUUAUGAGUGUGUGUUUGUGUGUUUGUCUUGGCGCGUACUUAUGAGUAUGUGUUUGUGUGUUUUUAUGCUGAGUGGCAAAAUAAAUGAAUUCAAUUUAUAAUGAAUGUCAUGAGUCUCGUUCGUGACAUGAGUGGACAUCUCUAGGGGCAUAGAUGUUUUAGAAGCUGGUUUGCUUCGUUCAUCUUAAAGUUCAGAGGUCAUUGUUUAGGGUGUGUCAACAGAGCUGUAUAUGUCUUAAGACUCCUUUAUCCCACAGCUUACCACAAAACUUGAAGUAAGAUCAAGGUUGGUCAAGGUUUUAUAGGAAAAUAACAUUACACAACUAUGUUACACAUGUAUUGAAUGUCAAAAAUGUCACAUUUACAAGGAAUGCAGGACAAUUAAAAAAAAUAUUUCUAUA